UUUUUGUUUGCGCUCCUUUGUUCCCCUCCUGCUUCCAGCCCGUCCCAAACCCUGUUUUCUUUCUUCCUGCAAAAGACAAAAAAACAAAACAGCUCAAGAUCCAGAGAGGGGGGGGAAACAAAGCUGAGCUGAGCCCCCACCCCACCCUGGGCCGGCCCCCCUGGUCCCGAAGGGCAGACACCCCCCCCCCCCUUCAACCCAAGAUGUCCCAGCUGUCUGUCAAGGAACAUCUGGACGGGAUCCUCUCUGACUUUGAAGCCCUAAAGAGAUCCUUCGAUAUGGAAGAGGCUGAAGACGUCCCAGCUUUCCCUCCUUCCUCCCCACCUCACUCCCCCCUCGGUCCCAGCCUCCCUGGUGUCAUCAUAGCCACGGGCAAUGGAGAAGGAAGGCGGGCAGGAGGCCCCAUCCAGCCCAGCUACCAGUCCCGCGUCAGCCUCAGCUCAGAUCCCAGCCCAGCUCAAAGCCCCGUCCUCAAGACCAGGAUCAGCAGCAGCCUCUCGUUCAACCGAGGCACCGUCCACCUGGCUCGGGCCAACGGGAGCCACCUCACCCGAGUCUCCUCGUUCCAAACCCGUCUGAACCCCAAUGGAUUCUCCUCGUCCUUCGGGCCGGGCAGCGACAACGAGAGCCUCCACAGCUCGUCCUCCAGCUUGGAGUGCUCGACACCGAUCAAAAGCCUUCCGAAUAUGACCCCACAGUCCGAGUCGGCCGGCAUCGGGGUCUCCCAGCUGCCCAGUCCCAUGCUCAAGAAAUUCUUCUCACAUGGCAACGUCUUCCAUGCCGGGGCGGACCGGCCCGUCCAGCCAGUCUCCAAGGCGACCGCCAAUCGUGGCUCGUUGCCGUCGCUGGACCUGCAUAUCGCCGAAGAUCCGGGGGCUAUCCCCAUCCUCUGCCCAACCAUAACCCCUGACUCCACUACCCCACAGAACUCCGGUAACCAAAACUGCAUCACACCUCUGUUAAAGACCGGCACGAAAAAGGAGUCUCCUGUCCCGCCUUUGGAGAUCAGCCAGCUGGCACACAUGACCCCUCCUGCCCCGGCUGCCAGGCAGACGGUCAAGUUGCAGAAGUUCCCCAUCAGCUUGGAUGGUUUGAUGGAGAAGCCAGCCGAGGCUGCCGUUCUGGCACCCGCUCAUGACUCGGCGCCCAAGCCUUUGCCAAGGGCACAAAUCCACGUCAACCUCAGUGCCAGCCCCGGCUUGCCUCGGCAGCUCGCAGAGAUAACCAAAGAGGAUAGAGCUGUUCUUGUGAGCUCUGGUUUCGCGUCACCCUCUGCGAGACGGCUUCCCGGAGCAGCAAAUUCAGCAUCCCUGCCUCAGUCUACUUCCUACCGACUCGUCCCGCCACCUCAAGUAGGGCAAGCCGCUUCCCAGCCAUCCUUUCUAGGGGCCCCACCGGUGGGCCCUGCCCAAGGGACCCCAGCUACAGCUGGUCCAAGAGAACACAGCAGUGCCACAGCGAAGAGGGUUGACUCCGUACCCGGCCAAGAGGCAUCCAAAGUUCAGACCCCAAAACCUGCUUCUUGCAUCAAGGGAGAGCCCGUCACUUUGACGACCAGAACUCCAGAGGCCUCUUCUGAGAAGAAGGAAUUGGAAAGGAAGACCUUGUUGAAGGAAGAAAGCAGGUCAGAGCCUUUGCGGAUUAAUAUGGAAGACCAGCUGGCUCGAGGGGCGCCACCCCUGGACGCCCCGUCCCCUGGGAUAGGGGACCGGGAGCUAUUUGGCUACGUGGGGAUCGAGGCAGUGCUGGAGCAGAUGCGAAUCAAGACCAUGAAGUCGGGGUUUGAGUUCAACAUCAUGGUUGUAGGACAGAGCGGCCUGGGCAAGUCCACCAUGGUGAACACGCUCUUCAAAUCCAAGGUGAGCCGCAAGUCCUGCCCGGGUUACGAGGAACAUAUCCCGAAGACGGUGCAGCUGCUCUCUGUGACCCACGUCGUCGAAGAGAAGGGCGUGAAGAUGAAGCUCACGGUGACGGACACACCAGGAUUCGGGGAUCAGAUUAACAAUCAAAACUGCUGGCAGCCAAUCCUGGAGUAUAUCAACGACCAAUACGAGCGCUACUUGAGGGAAGAGAUCGUCAUCAACCGCAAGAGGAAGAUCCCCGACACCCGCGUCCACGCCUGCGUGUAUUUUGUGCCACCUACAGGGCACUGGUGGCGUCCGUUGGACUUGGAGUUCAUGCGCCGGCUGAACAUCACCAACGUGAUCCCCGUCAUUGCCAAAGCAGACGCUCUGACCUUGGAGGAGCGGGCAGAGUUCAAACAACGGAUCCAAAAGGACUUGAAGGCUCACGGCAUCCACGUUUACCCCCAGGAGGAGUUUGACGAUGACGAGGACCGGCUUUUGAAUGACAAGAUACGGGAGAAAAUCCCUUUUGCCGUGGUGGGAGCGGACAAGGAACAUCAGGUGAAUGGGAAGAAAGUCUUGGGCCGGAAGACCAAAUGGGGGAUCAUUGAAGUGGAGAACCCAUCUCACUGCGAGUUUCCUCUCCUGCGCGACCUCUUGAUCCGGUCACACCUCCAGGACCUGAAAGACAUCACUCACAACGUGCUUUACGAGCGAUAUCGCAUGUGCCGCCUCAACGAGAGCAACACGCUGGGUAAAGGCGGCGAGCGACUGGGCUCCGUCAAUGGGGAGCCGGAAAGUCACCUUUGAACUGUGGGAGGCAGCACUCCCAAAGCCUUGUGCCCUUUCCCCUACCCUGUGGACUGACUUCUUUUUGCCCUCCUGAGCGAAAUUCCUACGAGACAUUCCCCCCCACCCGCCCAACUCUGCCCCUGCCCCUUCUGAGCAUAUGUAACCUCUCUGACUUUGAAAGGGCAGCCGAAGUCCUGGACACCUUUCCCUUCCGCCGGUCUUCCUUACAGUUUAUUUCUCGGCCUCCGAUGUUCUCUUGGGACUUGGGUCGGUUCUUCGGGCUUCUCUCGUGGACUUGAAAGGAUUCAGAAUAAGGGGCAGAUCGGUGAAGCUGCCUGAGGGGAAGACGGCCACAGCCAAACGGUUAAAAAUCAGCGACUCACCGACUGGAGAGCUCCCUUUGCGCAUCUCUCGUCUUGGAGAGGAAGGGGGGCGUUCCUCAACCUGACCAUGUGUUGAUGCAAUAUUGGAGAAUCGCCCGAGAACUCCUGCUAUGAUCCUGUUGCUGUUGGACGGAUUCUCCAUCUACAAUUAACACAUUAAAAGAACAACUUAGAGCUUUUCGGACUUGUGUGCGUACGGUCCUCCAGGAUAGGGAGGGGGCGCUGCUUACCCCUUGUUGAUGCAAUAUUGGAGAAUCGCUCGAGGACUCCUGCUAGGAUCCUGUUGCUGUUGAGGCGGAUUCUCCAUCUCCAAUUAACACAUUAAAAGAACGACUUAGAGGUUUUCUGCCUUGUGUGCGUACGGUCAUUCAAGAUAGGAAGGGGGUGCUCCUUACCUCUUGUUGAUGCAAUAUUGGAGAAUUGCUCGAGGAAUUCUGCUAUGAUCCUGUUGCUUUGGGCAGACUCUCGGUCUCCAAUUAACACAUUAAAAAAACGACUUAGAGCUUUUCAGCCUUGUGUGUGUAAGGUCCUUCAAGAUGUGGAGGGGGCACUCCUUACCCCUUGUUGAUGCAAUAUUGGAGAAUCGCUCAAGGACUCCUGCUAGGAUCCUGUUCCUGUUGAGGCGGAUUCUCCAUCUUCAAUUAACACAUUAAAAAAGCAACUUAGAGGUUUUUGGCCUUGUGUGCGUACGGUCCUUCAAGAUAGGAAGGGGGUGCUCCUUACCCCUUGUUGAUGCAGUAUUGGAGAAUCGCUCGAGGAAUUCUGCUAUGAUCCUGUUGCUCUGGGCGGACUCUCCAUCUCCAGUUAACACAUUAAAAGAACGACUUAGAGGUUUUCGGCCUUGUGUGCGUACGGUCCUUCAAGAUGUGGAGGGGGCACUCCUUACCCCUUGUUGAUGCAAUAUUGGAGAAUCGCUCGAGGACUCCUGCUAGGAUCCUGUUGCUGUUGAGGCAGAUUCUCUAUCUCCAAUUAACACAUUAAAAGAACAACUUAGAGGGUUUUUGGCCUUGUGUGCGUACGGUCCUUCAAGAUGGGGGGGGGGUUGCUCCUUACCCCUUGUUGAUGCAGUAUUGGAGAAUCGCUCGAGGAAUUCUGCUAUGAUCCUGUUGCUCUGGGUGGAUUCUCCGUCUCCAAUUAACACAUUAAAAGAACGACUUA